AUGGGUUCAUACCACCAACCGCAAUGGUCUGGUUGGAGUUACCAAAACUCUGCCAGCCAGUACCCCAGAUACUCUCAGCAGCUACCUAGCUAUGCUGCCUACCUCCCUGAAUCAAUGGAGCUUUACAACGCUCAUCAGGGUCACCUUCUACAUCAUCACCAAAUGUCUAGAACAACUGAGACAAAGCCUCGACUCUCUAAAGAAGAGGUCGAUAUCCUCGAGGCUGAGUUCCAAAAGAACCACAAGCCUAACAGCACUACCAAGAAGGCAUUGGCUGAGUCGAUGAGGGUUGACAAUGCCCGCAUAAACAACUGGUUCCAAAACCGACGAGCACGGGAGAAGAAGGAGAAGAACAUUCGCGAGUAUGCUGCCAAGCAAAGAUUGGACAAAGACACAACUGCCGUCGAUGGUAUUAUUCAUUCAGACGUUGAAAUCUUUUCUGAACGCGUCGUUUCCAGCGCUCCUUUUCCAGCUCCUCGCCUUCGCAACAAUCGAUCGACAGAUGUGUCGAGCCCAGAGCAUGAAAGCGAGAAUGAAGCCAGCCAAUCUGACUUUGGUGCUGGUUCAUCUCCAAGCCUAUCCAGCCAACCAACACCCGAGCCUCUAUCCGCGUCUACCAAUGCAUCUUCGUCAUGUUAUGGUCAGUAUCCUCAACUGAUUGUUCCAAACGGGGAGGAUGAGCCCACUCCUUCCCUACCCCAGCAGUGCUUCCCUCGACUAUCCACAUCGCCUAUCCAGGAGCAGUACGUGUACUCUAGCAACAACCUCACUGUUGAACAUACUGGUCAGUCUUCAAUGUUGAAGCCUUCCCCCUCCAUGGAUAUUGCCUCUCGCCGAAACAAACGCCCCCCUCAACUUGCGAUCAACGCCUCUCGCAGUUACUCAGCAAGUGGUCCUAGGACCGGGAUUGAUGUGGGAAGAAGGGCAGACGUUGGACAUUCCAUGCGCCGUGUUGCUUCUGCUACUGGAAUAGGCCGCAUCAGCAAGCCCAUGAGUGGUCCUCGAAGCCCGUACUUUGAGAGAAACCCCGAGGCUUUAUUGCAACUCAACCGAUCUCCCAACUUUGCGACGACAACAACAAUUGCACCGCCGACACCCAACACACCUGUCGUUGUAAACCACCAAGCCUUGUGCGAGGCUACCCCAGCUAGCACAGUGGGGUAUGAAGAGAAGUACCCAAUGGACCUUGCUAUUCACGACCCGACCCUUCGAACUCCGCCUACUACACCUGGUGUCAUGGACCACUUAUACAACAACGGAUCUGUGUACCAAGUUGCCGUGUCUGACGAGCCUCUGGUAACACCAGGACUGGGACCCUACCCCAACGAGUUCGAGGUCCCUGGCGCAUCAAACCAAGUUCCUAACUACCUUUCGCAUGGAGGCUCUAGCCAACCCCAAACCCCAUCAUACGGUGCCGCAAUGGGACCUAGCUACUUUGGCUUUGCUGGUGGCAAUGCUGAGUACAACUGGUCUGAUGACGCUUCAAUAUCAGCACACUCAUCACCUGGACAGAACCAGCAGAAUGUCAACUUUAUGAACAUGACACCCUCGAGCUUCACAUACUCUGACAAAUAA